AAACCUCAGAUAACUAAAGCAAUCUUUGCACAUUUCCAACAUGGCGGUUUAAGGAGUUAGUUUGGAGAGGCAAGUGUCAAUAAUGCUAGGGAACUGUUAGUUAUGGAUGUUUUUUUCGGACAGUACGUAAUUACUUAAGGUAUAAAGAAGAUAGUGUUGCAGAAUCAAGUGAUUUGGUAUUAGCGCAUAAAAUACUGUUCAAGAAAGUUACAAUGUGGGGAGGAUGAAUGUUUAGUGGAGAAACUGUUAUAUUUAUUUUGUAAUAGCUUCUUUGGUGAUGAAUUGACAUUAACUUUGUAAUAUGUGACAAAAUUCUGCGUCUUGCUUGUUUUCAGUAGUGUGAACAUUACAAGUAUGGAAGAUGAAUCUGAUUGUGAAACUGUAGUUUUCAUGUGAGUGUGGUAGUGUUAAAGUACUCAACUAUUGUGAAUUCUUCCAUUGAAAUUUAUGGUAUCAAUCAAUAUGGCACUCUCACCAAAGGAUAUGGAUGGAUUUCUUCCGCUUCUUGCGACAGCAGAUACAAGAACAAAACUGACAUUGGCCAUGAACCUCAUAAAUUAUCUUGGUGACCCAGACAACUCAAUAGAGUGCUCUGAUAUUGGUCAGUUUAUUGAUGGUCUGAUACCAUGGAUGCAGAGCAGUAACAACAAGGUGUCGCAGAAUGGCAUUGAUGCCAUGACGUACCUUGUGGACAGAAUGGCUGUCGACUUUCGUCCUUACAUCUCAACUGUUUUGCCACCUAUUAUUGACCGCCUGGGGGAUAGUAAGGAGGUGGUGCGGGAAAAGGCACAGCUCCUGAUUCUGAAGUUGAUGGAACGGGAUGUCAUUACGCCUUCAUCACUUUUUGAGAAGCUUACACCAGCCUUCUCUCACAAAAACGGCAAGAUCCGAGAAGAGGUGAUGAACUGCCUGCAGACCACACUAACAGAACACGGUGCACGGUCUUUGUCUGUCUCACGACUCAUCCCCUCCAUAGUGAAGCUGUUGGGUGAUCCGAUGUCUACAGUGCGCGAUACAGCUUUCAACACGCUGGUGGAAGUGUACCGUCACGUUGGCGACAGACUGCGCAUCGACCUGCAGAAAAAGCACAAUCUUCCGGCGUCCAAGUUGCCAGCUCUAAUGGCGAGGUUCGAUGAACUGCGAGCAGCUGGGGAUCUACUGCCGUCAGCAUCGGUUGCAGACGGUGGCCGAGGAGAUGAUGAGGUCGAAGGCAUUGUUAAAUCUGCAACAAAGCGAGCUAACAGUGUGCCAAGGCGAGGGAUAUUUUCUGCUAUUAAGUCUGUCCCGUCCACACCUGCCCCCCCUGGAACCGGGAGCAAGAUACAGAGAACUUCGUCCCUGCGGCGGCCGACACCAUCUGCAGGAGGUCAGGCUGGUGCAGUGGAUGAAGAGACAUUCAGUAGGGCAUUUGAAGAUGUACCAACCAUUCAGUUAUUCUCUGCACGAGAUCUAGAGAAGCAGUUGACGGUAAUACGUGAAACAAUUGCUGACCCCAACAAGGACUGGUCCAAGAGGGUAGAUGCAUUGAAGAAGGUUCGAUCCUUGGUCAUUGCUGGGGCAUCAAGUUUUGAUGAAUUUUACGCUCACCUCAAGUUACUGGAGCCCUCGUUCCAGACUUCCGUCAAAGAUCUCAGAUCACAGGUGGUCAGGGAAGCAUGCUACACGAUAGCAUUCCUGUCGGAGCAAUUGGGCCCCAGGUGUGACCACUUUGCAGAGGAUCUUCUGAACAGUCUCAUCAGUCUCAUCCAGAACUCAGCCAAGAUAAUGGCAUCAGCUGGCGUGGUGACGGUGCGAUUCAUCAUCCGGUACACACAUUCACCACGCCUAAUUCCAAUCAUCGCCCAGAACCUCAACUCGAAAUCAAAAGAUAUUCGCCGCGCAUGCUGCGAAUUCUUAGAACAGCUGUUGCACUCCUGGUCAACGCAUUCUCUGGAAAGGCACAUUGCACUGCUACAGGAUGCCAUCAAGAAGGGCAUUGCCGAUGCAGAUCCUGAGGCUAGGCUGUGUGCCAGACAGGCAUACUGGAGUUUUCGAAGUCACUUCCCAGAGCAGGCGGACUCACUUCUGAACUCCCUGGAUAUCCAAUAUAAAAGAGCUCUAAAUGGAGAUCUAACACUCUCAAACUCCAGCUCAACUAACUCCUUACACCACCAGGGUGGAGGCUCGACGGUGUCUCGUUAUGGCAGCGGAGGUACCACACCCCGAGUUCGACUGCCCAGCAGUGCCACUGGCAGCACCGAGAACCUCCAUCAGCAGUCACAGUACCACUCGGGUCUGCACCGCACUCCCUCGCUUACACGUCACCAUCGGUCGGGUAUUCCAGUGCUUGCUGCUGCGGCAAGUGGGCCCAAGUCAGUUGGUGCAGAUGGAUCUCCCCGGCGGGGUUCUGGCCCGCCCGGAGUAUCAGCUCUGCGUUCUAACAGCGCCAUCGACCUGCAGGCAGCUCAGCGGGCCAAAGCUCGGGCACAGUAUGCUGCCCUCGCCAGACACAAAGUGGGGUCUGGUGCUUCCCUACCUCGUCCUAGGAAGACACCAGAAGUGAGUGGAGGAAUGACCAUCAGUGCCAUUACUUCACCAGAGCGGGUUGGUCGGACGAGGAGUCGGGUUGCAGGCGUUUCCCAGUCCCAGCCAAGCAGCAGAUCAGGAUCCCCAUCAUCAAGACUGAGCUAUGCGACAUACUCGACAGCAAGUAGGGAAGGAAGUACAGGUGAUGGUGUACAUUCUGUGGGUCGGCCGCGCAGAUUGUCUUCCGGAAUACCCCGCUCAACAGGUGCAAGCCGUGAUGGCAGCAGAGAGACGAGUCCGAACCGCUUUGGCAUGACUGGAAUACAUGAUCGGUCAUUUGGUUCCAAGCUCUGGGGGCGGCCAGUCCAUAGCAUGAGCUCGGAACGUCCGCCCCAGCGACCCGUCAUGGCACAGAAGAUUCUACAGCAGAGCCGAGAAGCUGAGUCGGCCUUGGCGGAUGCAUUGAGCUUUGACACAAUGGACAGUGGUGAUUUUGGGCGCAACAUCCCCAACAGUAGGAAAUCUUACCGCCCAUUUGAUGAUCAUUCGGAUGACAGUGAGACAUCAAGCGUUUGUUCCGAGCGUUCAUUUGAAUCGUACCGGAGGACAUCAGAUUCAUACUCUUGGAGUGGCUCCCAGCAGCGCCUCUACAGGGACAUGCUGGAAUCAGUCAGCAAGGACAUUACAGAUAUCAUUGGUAACUGUGCUAGCACGCACUGGGCGGACCGCAAGGAGGGAUUGGUUGGCUUGCAGAACUAUUUUCAGAAUGGAAAUGCUCUCACAGGGUCAGAACUAAAGCGAGUCACUGACAUUUUUACCAAAAUGUUCAUGGAUUCUCACACAAAGGUGUUCAGCCUGUUCCUGGACACACUGAAUGAGCUGAUUCUGACCCACAAAGCAGACAUGAAUGACUGGCUGUAUGUGCUGCUGACAAGGCUUGUUAACAAGCUGGGUGGAGACCUGCUAGGCUCCAUUCAGAACAAAAUACACAAGUCCCUGUCUGUUGUGAGAUUCCCAGCAGAGCUGCAAAUGAAUGCUGUUAUGCGGUUCCUGGUGGAUGGAACACAGACACCCAACUCGAAGGUGAAGGUGGCAAUCCUGACAUUUCUUACUCAGCUUGCCACAUGCAUGGAGGCAUCGGCAUUUGGCCCUGUGAUCAUCUCAGGCCGAGACUGCACACCUGUUGCCCUUUCUAAGAUAAUUGGGUGGACUAGUGAUGCCAAGUCCAGUGAGAUCAGAAGAGCGGCUCAGGCGGCCGUUAUAGCACUGUUCAACCUCAACACACCUCAGUUCACAAUGAUACUGGCAGGCCUACCAACUGACUACCAGGAGGCUGCAGCGACACUGGUACAUAGUCAUCUUCGCAGAAGUAGCAGUGGCAGUGGGAGUUCUCCUCCGUCACCAUCAGUUCCAUCAUCUCAUGUCACGUCCUCGCCUCGCUUGCAGUCACCUGGAUGCACCACACCCCAACAGCUGCAGCCGCGAGGAUCCUUGCGUGGCAACUCCAUUGGAAACCUUGAUGAUGACAACUUGAACCCAGAAGAAGUGUACAGGUCUUUGCGUCGCACAACAGCUGAGAUUCAAAACUACAGCUUUGAGGCUCUUGGUUCUGGCAAAUUGCUGGACCGUGACCGAGACACGACCUCUCAGGACUCUGGCAUCAGUCAAAUGUCAGCUGGGGCCGGAGACAAGAUGGACACAUUAGAGGAACACAUGGAGGACGUGUCCGUUACCAGGGACAACUCGGGCCGAUCGUCAUCACUGUCGUCACCAACACACCGCCUCAACUCACUGCGGGACUAUAACGGAAUUGAAAAGUCUAUGGCAGAGAUCUCGCUGGAUGGAGACAACGGCUUCAUUCCUCAUGAGAGUCACCACCAGGAGGAGAGUGAAGAAGUUAGGAAGGUGAUUGAUGCUUUGCGGGUAGCAGAACAGAGUGGAGGAAGUCCAGGGUGCGAAGGAACAGAAGCAGAGCGUAAGGCAGUGCUGAUGCAACUUAUUCGCCUCAUCAGGGAGUGUAGCACCCUCGUUGUUAUGGAGAACUUCAAGACUUUGUUGAGGGUUUUGCUGGACCAGCUGACGAAGCCAGAGGGGUCAGUGCGUGCACUGGCUCUUACUGUGCUGGCAGAAAUGUUGAAGAAGCCCUCUAUUGGUGCCUGCUUCCAUAACUAUACAGAGCUGCUUUUGCUCAAAGUGCUACAGUCUCACAAGGACAGCAGUAAGGAGGUACUGAGAAGUGCAGAGGCGUGCGCAGCCACAAUGGGAACAGUGCUGCCUCCUGAUGUUGUGAUCCGAGUACUUAACCCACUCAUUACAACGGGAGAAUACCCAGUGAACCAGGGAGCUAUUAAAAUGCUCACAAAAUUGGUUGAACAGAAGAGCAAGGAGGUUAUGGAACCACACCUUGCUGAUAUCAUGCCAGGACUCAUCAAGGCAUAUGACAAUGAAGAUAGCUCAGUUCGCAAAUCAGCCGUGUUCUGCAUGGUGGCUUUGCACUCGAUAGUGGGAGAGGAUGCAUUGCAGCCGCACCUUGAGGCUCUGAAUGGCAGCAAACUGAAGCUUCUGCACUUGUACAUCAGACGUGCACAACAGGGAUCCUCUGUACCCACCUCCCCCAAGAAUGCCCCUCCAUAAUGAGAUUGCAGUCAGAGACAGCGGAAUCAAAGGACAAAUGAGAUCAAGAUGGGUUACACAAGUGAUAUUAAAAAUGGAGGUAAGGUGUGGACUGAAGAAAAAAAUAUGGUUCGAUAGACAUGAUUGGAGACUUUUCAUCCAUCGAUUCACACUCCUAUGGAGACAGUAAUAUCAAGGACAUCAGGGAAGUUUUGUCUCAUUAAUAAGAUGUACGUAUAGGUCUGUAAAUUGUAAUUGGAUUUAAGGCCGAGCAUGAGUAUAUACGGUGCUCAUUGAUACAUGAUUUUCUAAGUAUGCAUUAGAAAUCUUAAAAUGAGAAACAUCUUGCUAUAUAAUGUGCUGCAGUAAGACACAAUAUGAUUAAAUUAGGAAAAUGAGACAGUUUGCAUUACUGGUAACUUAUUUUUAUUACUGCUGAAAUACAGAAUUUGCGUAAGUACAACGUCUCACUGUUAUGACUAAGUUUGCAUGCGCUGGGAGAUGAUAUUACUAUUCCUGCAAGAAAUGAGAGCAUGAGAAAUGUGAAUUUGCUGUUCUGUGAGUGGGAGUAACGUAGAGGUUAGUCGAAGGGGGACGAAUGGCCACGGCCAUCUCCGUGGUGUGCGUCAGGCCAUUUGCUUCCAUAGGGAAGAGAUUAAAAAAUGUUGAAUGUUUUUGUUAUUCUCCAUGUGUUGUACCAACAGAAAAUUUUAUUGAAAAGUACUGUUACUCCGAUGGUGUCCGAUGUUUGUACUGAUGGUGUUACUCUUGAUAGAUAAUAGGGGGGGCUAACACUGAUAACCAUGCACAAGGCUCUGCAUCUGCUGGAAGAAUGGUCCUGGGAACAGCUGUGUUCUCAUACAUGUAUUCAGAGGAUUGGACAUAAAGGUUCUUUGCAUCUCUCUCUAUUAAUGCUCCCGAUGAGUCAAGAUAUAAGAAUGCUGUUUUAGCUGUAGUUCUCAUUUUAUGUGCAUAGAAUGGAAAUAAACAGGUAAGACUUGUUGCCAAAUAUGUAUCAUGUAAAUCCAGAAAUGGGAGAAAAGCACUUGUUACAGCAGAAAUUCUGAAAAAAGUACCCAUGACUGAAGUGUGUUGCUGUGAUUCGACAUAAUUAAAUUUGUGUGUAUAAAAAUGAUGAAGUUUGAUUCGCAUUAUAGGCUGUAGCUGUUACAUCAGACUUUUGCCAUACUUCAUACUUGUUGAGAUUAGUUCUAUCACGUAUUUUACGUUGUUUCAGAGGGCCACAGUAUUUGGGUCAUGCAAAUGUAGCGUAAUUAUUAUUUAAUUAAUUAUGGGCUGGAAUGAAUGAUGCUUCGUGCUUCAGUUUAUUCUGUUUUGGUUUGGUUUUUGGAAAAAACUUCUAAAGAAUCUGCCCUCUUUGCAUUGUGCAUGCUCUGUUUUAUAUAAAUUAGUGAAGCCUCUCAGCAAGUGUCUUAAUUCACGAGUGUUCAUUCAGACCGCUUAAUCCAUUUCCAAGCAUAAUGCUGUGAACCUUGAAGUGCAG